AUCCAACCACGUAAAUUGGCUGUUCUCCGAGGCCAACGUGACGAAAAUGUCGCCGUACCUAAACAACUUGCUAUGCGCGAAGCGGCACCUACUAUUUCAAAUGCUCGACUUCCAAAAAAGACGACUAGUUUUGUACGUAAAAGAGCUGCGUUAGACGAUGUCAGCAACAUAAGCAAUGUUCCGGUUGCGACUUUAAAGCAUGCACCAACCAGUGAUUUGGCCAGUGCCAUAAAGCCUCCAAUAAAAAUAGAAAAAAAGCAUGCGCCAACCA